UGAGUCGGUCGGUUCACAUAUUUAUUAUUUCUUUUAUGAAUAAAAAGUGCGAGCGCUAAGAAAUCUUCGUCUUAAUAAGACAUACAACUCAAUCAAUCACGAAAAAUAUUUAAAAAAAAUCCAACAUAAUAUCAAAUAUUUGUUUGACGAAAAAUUCAAAAAGUUGAAAAAGUGCUGUGUUUAUCAUUCGUUUAAUGAAUCAAUUGAAUAAUAACAGUGAUUAAUAAGCAUUUUUCAAGUACAAGCACCCAAACAAGAGUUAUGAAUUAAUAAUAAUAAUCAUACAGUAAAAAAAUACAUUAUUCAAUCAUUAUUUUAUGCAAAAAAAAAAAAAGAUAACGAGCGAAAAAAAAUAGAAAUUUACAGAAAUUGAACGCACGAAAAUAAAUAUAUAAAGAAACCCUUUUAUUGAUACAAUUUUUCUUUCUACUCAAGACAUUAAAGGGAGAUUGUUGGAGUAAAAGCAGCCUAAAGUGAAAGUCAGCAGCAACAGCAACGGUUGCAGAAAAAAGUCAACCAAAUUAAAUGAUUAUUAUUAACGAAGCACGGGAGCACGAGUUAUGAAAAUGUUUCCGAUUAUUUGAACGAACCAUAACAUAACACGAAAAAAAAAAGAAAAAAAUCGAAGAAAUUAGUUGAACGAAUAUAAAACUGAAUAAAAAAAAACUGUAAAUAAAGACAUAAAAAUUACAUAACAAUGGCAUCUCUAUUGAAAAACGUAUCGAAUUCCAUCUUACAUGCAUUUAAUGCACUGCAACAAGAAAAACCCGGUUUUGUAAAUAAAUCAAAAUUGAAGGUACUUACAGCAAAUAUCGCCGUCAUCCUCGACUUGUAUGGCGUCGAACGCGGAUUGGAUCAAUAUCGUUCGACAUCUACGCUAAAUUUCGAUCAUUUCAAGUAUUAUCUCAUGAAGGAAGUGUUUUUGUCCGUGCCUGAGGACAUGACGCUUGCGCAACAACGGAAUUUCGAGACACGCAUCGAGGAAGUCUGUUGGCUCGUGUGUCGCAAAGAUUUCUGUUCUGAAGAGGGUGUCAAAGUGUACACAGCUGAUAUGGUAUUCAAACUUUUCCGUAUUUUUUGUAUGUUAGCGGAUCAAAUUGAGGCGCAAGAUUCGUCGUUGUUCUGUGCAAUCGCAGGCGCAGAAGCUUUACACAUUGUUCAACAGCUUUUGUCUUCCUUGGGACUCGACUAUGAGACUGAUAAUCGUUUCGAGUAUUUGAGCAACACAGAUACCGUUUUGACUUUCAGUAAUUUCCUGCAGUUGAUUGACUUCCAAGAAUGCACAGACAUCAAAGAUUGUCGUGAACCCUUGAAAGAAGCUGUUGAAGAUAUGUACCAAACAUACAUAAUGGAUGUGAUUAAGAAGGGAUAUUUGCUCAAACGAGGAUAUCUUUUACCAACAUUGCGUGAAUAUUGGUUCGUUUUGCAACCAUGCGAACUCUCCUAUUACAAACAUUCCAACGAAAAGGAGCUUUGUGGCACAAUUCAUCUCGAUUCAAAGUCCUCCGUACGCCCUUGCAUCUCGAACAAUGGAAAACACGAAAAAGUCCAGAAAUUUGUCGUGUCAUUUCGAGAUCGCGUAUUCGAACUUGCAGCUAUGGAUCAUCGUUCGCGCAUGCAAUGGAUCUCCGCUUUGCAAUUAGCCAUCACAUAUUCGACGGGAAAAGACGGGUUUCAACGUGAUAUUGCGAGUCGGCGUAAAAUCCAACGAGAUAUCGAAAAUAAACGCAAAAAAGAAGAAGAACGUCUCAAGUCUAGUCACAUCAAACAAGUUGAAGAGACAAAAGAGCAACUCGAAAAGGAACGUCAUGCACGUUUAGCUGCUGAAACGCAAGCAAGGCAACUCGAAGCACUUGCUCGCGAAGAUUCUCGUCGUGUUGCCGAAUUGGAAGACAUGAAAAUGACUCUCGAAAAACUUCUGGAAGAGGAAUCCCAAGCGAAGCGUGAUGAGGAAAUUGUACGAGCACUUCAAGCACGUGUUCUGGCCGAAGAAUGGGAGAAACGUGAAGAACUCGAACAAUUACAGGAAGACCAAAAAACGAUACUUGAACAAGAACGACAGAAACGAAUCGAAUUCGAAGUGUUGCAAAAAGAGAAGGAACAACAAUUGAAAGAUGCCGAACGUAGACUGAAACAAUUGGAAGAAGAGCGAGAACGACUCGAUGAGGAACUCCGUUAUGCCCGACAGAAAAUUCAGCAUUCGGAGGAAACAAAAGAACUCAUGGAAGCCAGAUUACAAGCCAUUUCUCCUCGACAUGAUGGAGAUCGAGUUCGUCGUGUGCAAUCUUUCAUGUCGUCGACACGAGAACGUCCCGUUACCAUCGAAUCUCGUUUGCCAACGCUCAAGAGGCCCAGCAAAGUUCAGUGACAAUAAAUCAAAAGUAAUGAAAAUUGUGAAUUAUACUCUUAAUCAAACUUAAGUUAAAAUUUAGAAUUAAGACGAAAAAUGUAUCUAUUGCUAAAUUAAAUUUAUUUACUAAAAACCACGAAAAAUAAAGGAAAAAAAUAUUAUCGAUGUUUGUCUUGUGUUCGACU